AUGAAUCACCACACUUCGCUUCUGCUAUUUAAACCUAAAUCAAGCGGAUCUGAAUAUGGUAAAUGUCAAUUAACUAGACUCACUCUCAUUCCAACUUCAUGUUUGACACUUCCAAAUUCUUUUUCCCUUCUUCGAUUAUCCUCCCAGCUUUAG